AUGAAGGGACUCUUCCAAGCUUCGCUAGCUCUUGCAGCUUUCUCUGCCACCCUCGCCACACCGUUGAUUCGUGGGAGACACAUGCAUUUGCAUCGUCACCAGCACCAUGCGAAGCGAGCCUUGGUUGUCAUUACCAAAACACAAGAGGUUGUUGAAGUAGAGUAUAUAUACUCGACUGUCUAUGUCAAUCCUGCGACUAUCGCUGAAGUCCCUUCGUCUUCUAUUGAAACGACUUCAUCCUCGAUCGAGAUUUCCACUACAUCUACUUCUACUACAACAACAUCAACAUCUACCUCAACUUCAACCUCUGAACCUCCACCACCCCCUCCUCCAACAACAAGUUCUGAGAGCAGCACAUCUUUCUCAACUCCUAGUCUCCCGACCGAGGUUAUUCCAAUCGUUGUUCCUCCACCACCUCCAACCACUUCGACUACACCCACACCAGAACCGGAGCCUACUCCUGAACCUACUCCUGAACCUACUCCUGAGCCAACUCCUGAGCCAACUCCUGAGCCAAUUCCCACUCCUGAGCCAGUCCCUACUCCUGAGCCAGUCCCUACUCCUGAACCAAUUGUAGAACCAGUUCCAGUCCCAGAGCCACAGCCAACCACCACUCCUGACCCGGUCGUGGUUCCUGCACCCGUUGAAACCUCCCCACCAGCUGCUGGUGGUGACUUCUUUUAUGGUGAAGCUACCUACUACGCUUGUGGCCUCGGAUCUUGUGGUAUUACCAACAACGACGCAGAAUAUGUCGUCGCCAUGAGCCACUUAAGAAUGGCACCGCUGGACGGCGGCAACCCAAAUAACAACCCAACUUGCGGCAAAAAGGUUCGCGUCUAUAGUGAUAUGGCUCCUGAUGGUGUUGUGUUCACCGUCCAGGAUAAAUGCCCCGGAUGUCCCGGAGAAAACGACUUGGAUGUCUGCGAAGGGCCAUUUUUGCAACAUUUGGGAACCAAGCUUCAGGGUCGCAUCAAGAUCUGGUGGAAGUGGGAGUAUUAA